GGCUAUCUAUGGGAACAGCCCCCUGACCUUCCAGCAAAGUUAUGAUAAGCAGGCCCCAUGUCUGGAGACCCACAGACGAGCCCGGGUGGUUCUGACAGAAAUGAGUUAAGCAAUGUUGUCCCUGGGGCCCACAGCCCAGCUCCGGAUGUGAGCCUCUGGCAGACACUGGCCUCCAUAGCCACAGUCAUGGCCAACAGGACCAACGCCUCUGUCCCGUACACCAGCUAUGAAUAUUACCUGGAUUACUUGGAUCUCAUUCCUGUGGACGAGAAGAAGCUGAAAGCCAACAAGCAUUCCAUUGUCAUUGCCUUUUGGGUGAGCCUGGUGACUUUCGUGGUGCUCCUCUUCCUAAUUCUGCUCUACAUGUCCUGGUCAGGCUCCCCGCAGAUGAGACACAGUCCCCAGCCCCACCAAAUAUGCCCGUGGAAUCACAGCCUCCACCUCCCCUUCUGCCUCCGGAGGGCCUCCCCGCAGACAACAGAGGAACCAGGAAGCAGAACUAGCUCUGAUCAAUGGUUACAGCAGGAGAGUCCCUCUGCCUCACCCCCUGCAGCUCUGGCUCUCCCCUGGGACCCCCAGAGCAUCAGCUGACCUCAGGAACGAACACAGCAGUGUAAUGAUGAGCAACCUGGAGACAAAACUUCUCAACUGUAGAGCUGACGCCAGGGAGCCAGUCACAGUGAACUGGUAACUCAAACCAACAUGGACAGCUCCGUCUUUUUAAGGCCAUUUACAAUGCAGCAAGAAACGGACUAGGUCAAAACAAGUCAAAAAGAAGACAUCACACACACGUUAAUAUCCUAGCUAAGACGGAGACGCUGCCCCAGACAUAGUUAUGCUGUUGUUGAAUAUGCUUAAUCUGCUUGCUGCUGACAUUUGCUUCGGGAUGAAUAGGAAAAUAAAACAUGAGUAUUACCCUUUGCUUUGCCUCUGUCAUUCCUUCUGCCUGAGCACACGUGGUACAUGUGAGGAUGCUGGGAAGUCUGCAGACCUCCCGCGUGCCCUCCCAGGCCAGCUCUGCUGGGUCACACUUUCCCUUCCCGACAGUCUUUCGAGACAGAGCCCACAGAGCUUGUGAGAAGCAG